AUGCCUCAGCUUGUGGGCAAGGCACUACUGGCUGGCCUGAUCCCACUCGGGGGUCUAGCCCUCCACGGUUUCGCCGCAUCCAACGGACUCAUCCAAAAGUUCGAGGACCUCAAGGCUGAUCCACUCUUGUCUGACGGCGUCACUCUAUAUUCGACCAAUUACACAUCAGCCGAGGGCUUCAACGGUUUGCUGAGAACCUUGCUCAACUUCUUCUGGCCUGUUGUGAACGGAAAUGACGCGAGGCUCUCCCUGUACAGCUUCAUGUUUGGUGGGCAGGGCGUGGCACUGGUGAUGCUGAACUUGCUGGAAGGCAUGCGCCACGGGAACAGGGGUCUUGUGGUGAGCUUUGUCACCAUCUACGGCCUGCUGUACAUGGUCGUGGGCCUCGCGGUCAUGGCGCCGUUGUAUCUGCUGCUGCACCUACUCACGUCUCCGACGGCGCACAAGCCAAACAAGACCAAUGUGGCAAUCAGCGGCACCUCGGCUCAGGGCGCCAUCUUCGGUACCUUGGCAGGACAGAGUCACUACCGCUGA